AAGCAAUGCAUUAAAGAGCGUUUUCUUGUGUGAUAAGUUUUGAGAAGAAGAAGAAGAAGAAAUGUCUACGUCGGAAUCUGAAGGGCAAGUGAUCGGCUGCCACACUGAUGCUACCUGGACCGAGCAGCUUCAGAAGGCAAUUGACAAUCACAAGUUGGUAGUUGUGGAUUUCACUGCUUCCUGGUGCGGACCCUGCCGGAUCAUUGCUCCAUUCUUUGCAGAAUUAGCAAAAAAGUUUCCUGCAGUAAUGUUCCUCAAGGUGGAUGUGGAUGUGGAUGAGUUGAAGUCGGUUGCUAGUGACUGGGCAGUGGAGGCAAUGCCAACCUUCAUCUUCCUCAAAGAAGGGAAGAUCUUGGACACCAUUGUAGGAGCAAAGAAAGAAGUGCUGCAACAGACUAUUGCUAAGCACCUCAACACUGCUACUGCCUAGAAAUAUGCUGCUACUAAUCAGUUUGCUCAGUUAGACUUUCAAGCUCCUUUUUAUUUCUCUUGCAGACUAGUAGUAAUGUUGACAUUUAAUUCAAUAAAGGCUUGUGCUUGUGCUUUUGAUUGCUA